AUGGGACCCGACCACGAGAAAACAAUUCUAGCCCAGGAGAAUCUGGCAGUGGUGAAUCUAGAACUUGGAAAGGAACACUACCAAAAGGCUCAUGAUAUGAUGAUGGACGUCGUUGACAGACGCAUCAAGACGAUGGGCAAAGAGGCACCGUGGACGCUGAUGGCUUUGAACAAUCUUGCGUGGGCCAAACAUCAUCUAGGAGACAAUCUCGAGGCCGAGAAAAUACUGCGGGAGGGAUUGGUGAUUGCGCAUCGCGAUGUAGGUGAGGAUCAUCACGGAGUUCUGUCUGCAAAGCGACGUUUGGCAUGGAUCCUAGCCGUGCAAGGAAUGUCCUUGCAAGGAGAAUCCGCGAAAAGCAAGUUCGAAGAAGCUGAACAGAUUUUUAUCUACUUGCUUGAUCGAAAACACUACCAAGGCGGAAUACGCGUGUCUGGGGCUGUCAAGGGAGAUCAAAGGGACCGGAUCUUCAAUCUCUACAAGUUCGUUGAGUUUUGGGAGAUGCGGAAGGUCUACGACAAGGCUCUUACCCACUGUCAAGAGCUCUGCGAUAUAUUGCGGGAGUCGGACCAUCCGAUUGCCGAGAUGUCCAGGAAGAAAAGAGCGAGUCUUGAGCAGCUUGCAAGAAAUGCGAGCUGCAUCGACGGAUCUUAA